GCCAGCCGGUUUUACGGAAGAAGCGGCGGCGGCGAAGGAGGAGGAGGAGGAGGAUGGAGGUGGUGGUGUUUGUCUUCUCUCUCCUCGACUGCUGCGCGCUCAUCUUCCUCUCGGUGUACUUCAUAAUUACAUUGUCUGAUUUGGAAUGUGAUUACAUUAAUGCUCGAUCAUGCUGCUCGAAAUUAAACAAGUGGGUCAUUCCGGAGUUGAUUGGCCAUGCUAUUGUCACUGUAUUGAUGCUCAUUUCAUUGCACUGGUUCAUCUUCCUUCUCAACCUGCCUGUUGCCACUUGGAAUAUAUAUCGGUUCAUUAUGGUGCCAAGUGGUAACAUGGGAGUAUUUGAUCCCACAGAAAUACACAAUCGAGGGCAGCUGAAGUCACACAUGAAGGAAGCCAUGAUCAAGCUUGGGUUCCACUUGCUCUGUUUCUUCAUGUAUCUUUAUAGUAUGAUUUUAGCUUUGAUAAACGACUGAGCUGGAGCAGCCGUGGUUGAAGUCAGCCUACACUACAGUGCACAGUUGAGGAGCCAGAGACUACUUAAAUCAUCGUUAGAGCCGUGACCAGAGCACUAUAUUUUUUCCUCUUUGAACAAAAAAAUAUUUUUGCUGUAUUUUUAUCAUAUAAAGUAUUUAAAAAACA